AUGGCUCAAGGAAAUAGGACAAAGGUAAGUGAGUUUAUCCUCAUGAGCUUCUCUUCACUACCUACUGAAAUACAGUCUUUACUCUUCAUGACGUUCCUGAUCAUUUACCUCAUCACUCUUAUGGGAAACAGCCUCAUCAUUUUAGUUACUUUGGCUGACCCUAUGCUGCACAGUCCCAUGUACUUCUUCCUCAGGAAUUUGUCCUUCUUAGAAAUCGGAUUCAACUUAGUCAUUGUACCCAAAAUGCUGGCAACCCUGCUUGCCCAGGACACAACCAUCUCCUUCCUUGCCUGUUCUGUUCAAAUGUACUUCUUCUUCUUCUUCGGAGUGGAUGAAUGCUCCCUCCUGGCCACCAUGGCAUAUGACCGCUAUGUAGCUAUCUGCAACCCCCUGCACUACCCCGUCAUCAUGAACCAAAGGACCUGUGCCAAACUGGCUGCCGCCUCCUGGUUCCCCGGCUUCCCAGUAGGUAUUGUGCAAAUCAUGUGGCUCUUCAGCUUUCCGUUCUGUGGUAACAAGGUGAACCACUUCUUCUGUGACAGCCCACCUGUGCUGAGGCUGGUCUGCGCCGACACAGCCAAGUUUGAGAUCUAUGCCAUCGUUGGAACUGUUCUGUUUGUCAUGACACCCUGCAUGCUGAUCCUCUGCUCGUACACGCGCAUUGCUGCUGCCAUCCUCAGGAUCCCCUCCGCUAAAGGGAAGCAGAAAGCCUUCUCUACCUGCUCCUCCCAUCUUCUUGUUGUCUCCCUUUUCUAUGUAUCCUUAAGUCUCACCUACUUUAGGCCUAAGUCUAAUAAUUCUCCUGAGAGCAAAAAGCUGCUGUCGCUGUCCUAUACAGUUGUGACCCCCAUGUUGAACCCCAUCAUUUAUAGCUUGAGAAAUACUGAAGUGAAGAAUGCUCUUGGCCGGACCUUUCACAAGGCCUUAAGUUUCAGAAGCUACAUGCCGUGGACAUAA